AUGCGCUUCACAAAGCCAUCGUGGCUCAUCCACGGCGGCGAGAAGAAAGACCACGAAGUCUACAGCUGCCAUGUCUCUCCUGAUGGUUCACGCCUGGCCACCGCAGCAGGCGACGGACAUGUGCGCAUCUGGUCGACCGAAGCGAUCCUGAAUGCCGCCAACCCUUCGUAUACCAAGCCAAAGCAGCUUGCGUCGCUCUCAUACCACUCCGGCACCGUUCAUUCUGUGCGGUUCAGUGCCAACGGCAAGUACCUGGCAUCUGGCGCAGACGACAAGAUAGUAUGUGUCUACACACUAGAUCCAGGUCCUCCGGCGCAUGCGACUUUCGGCAGUAAAGAGGUGCCCCCGGUGGAGAAUUGGAGGAUAUUCAGGAGAUUGAUUGGGCAUGACAACGAUGUGCAAGAUUUGGGAUGGAGUUGCGACAGCUCGAUUCUGGUAUCGGUGGGUCUGGACAGUAAGGUGGUCGUGUGGUCAGGCAGCACCUUUGAGAAACUCAAGACGUUGGCACAGCAUCAGUCACAUGUCAAGGGAAUCACGUUCGAUCCGGCCAACAAGUACUUUGCGACCGCUUCGGAUGAUCGCAGUAUCAAGAUCUACCGCUUCACCUCGCCCCCUCCAAACGCGACCGCAUACGACCAGACGAGUAACUUCACACUCGAAACGACAGUGACAGCGCCGUUUUCCACCUCACCCUUGACGACUUACUUCAGACGAUGCUCGUGGAGCCCUGAGGGAGCACAUAUCGCAGCCGCAAACGCGGUCAACGGACCUGUCAGCUCGGUCGCUAUCAUUAAUCGAGGUAGCUGGGACAGCGAGAUCAACCUCAUAGGACACGAAGGGCCUGUGGAGGUCUGUGCCUUUUCACCGCGCCUAUUCUGCAGAGAGCCCCCUCCUCUCAUGCAGGACCCUAAAGACUACGUGUCGCCCGGUGCUGUUACUGUUGUUGCCUGUGCUGGCCAGGACAAGACUCUGAGUGUUUGGAACACAAGCUUUCCUCGACCGUUCGUAACGACUAGCGAGUUGAGUGCCAAGGCAAUCAGUGAUCUUGCAUGGGCUCCAGACGGCGAGACCCUCUAUCUCACCUCAUUGGACGGGACGAUUGCAGCUCUGGUUUUCGAAAAGGGUGAACUUGGAUAUCCGGCUCCCGCGAACGAGUACGACAAGGCUUUGGCCAAGUACGGAGCUGGUCGACGAGUUGGGAUUGUGGAGAACACAGAUGCUUUGCUGCUUGAAGAGAGUAGUAAAGCUGGUGAACUUAAAGGCGUCGAGGGCCGCAUGGGUGAGCUGAUGGGUGAUGGACAUGCUCAGGCUGGCGCUCUUGUAAACGGCGACGCCCAGAUGAGGGAUGCGAAUGGAGCUACGACCAACGGCAACAACCCUGACCCUACUCCAGUACCUGUAGCACCUGCGCCUCCCAAAGAUCCUCAAGUCGAACGAGUGGAUAAGCUCAAGCAGCGUGUGACCGUCACCAAGGAUGGGAGAAAACGAGUUGCACCAUUACUUCUCUCUUCCUCGAACCAGGGCGAAGCGAAUUUACCUCGUCCUCAGCUUCAGGCCACAGUAAAGCAGGGCUCCAUGGCCUCGGACGAGCCAGCGAAGAUACUGGAUCUCAGUAAGCCGUAUGAUGGACUACCGAAAGGCGGCCUUGCUAGCCUGUUGCUAGGCAAUAAGCGCAAGUUCGCAGAGAUGACCGACGCAGAUGGCGAAGAGAAACGUCACGAGAAGCGCACACAAGCUAUCCAGCAGACUGGAGCGACUCCAGUUGUGCAUAACACCGAGAACGGGUUAGUACCAGCUAGCUCUGCAACGGCUACACAGAAACCAGCAGAGACAUCCGAAGUCCUAAGGCCAGCUGUGAUAAACCCCAGCAUGACUGUGAGCCAAAUCCGACUCGCAGUCCCUCUGGUAAGGAAUGUGAUUUUGCGUCCCCUGGACCCCACCAAGCCUGGAGCGGAUGGUGGCGAGCAGCAAGUGAAUGGAAUUGAAGGCGGAGACAGCGAAAGUACUGUUGUUUUCGAGGCUCGAAAUGCGACUGGGCCGUCUCGGACUGGUCGACCUCAAGACAGAGAACCUACAAGGAUAGCACUGACAAGACGAAAUCAAACACUGUGGCAGGACUUCUUACCCAGGGCGGUAUUGCUCGUGACCGGCAACCGCAACUUCUGGUCUGCGUCUUGUGAGGAUGGGACACUUCACGUUUGGACGCCGGCGGGUCGCAGACUGCUAAAUGCGUUGGUGCUUGAGGCUCAACCAGUGAUUCUGGACUGCAGAGGAUGGUGGCUUCUUGCCAUUACAGCUGUCGGUCAGUGCUACGUCUGGAACAUUAAGACAACGUCGGCAGCACAUCCUCCAGUCUCGCUAGGCCCGGCGCUCGAUCUUGCGACACAGGCUCAGCAAAGUCACCUCACCCCUGGGCCUAGUGUGAUAUUCGCCCGCCUGAAUAGCCAAGGGCGUAUCAUUGUGGGCAUGAGCAACGGUGAUGGCUUCGCAUACAACACCAGCAUGUAUUCCUGGCAACGAUUGAGCGAGUCGUGGUGGGGUGUGGGAUCUCAGUACUGGAACACGACCGACACAUCACUUUCAUCAGUGACGGUCUCGAAGACAAACGCGGAUCCGCAAUCUACCUUCCUCGACGAGAUCAAUCCAGAGAACAUCUCGGCGGGCAUCAUUCCCCUCCUCGAGCGCAACACUACUUCACAAGCCCUCCUCAAAGGCCGAGCACAUUACCUCCAACGACUGGUGAAACAACUCCUUUCAGCCGAAGGCUUCGAAGGCUUCGAAUCAAGCGUCUCAAUCGCCCAUCUCGAGAACCGCAUGGCCGCCGCACACAGUCUUGGCGCCAAAGACGAGUUCAGAGUCUACCUGGUCAUGUACGCUAAGCGCAUCGGAGCCGAAGGUCUGCGUGGCAAAGUCGACGAGCUGCUCAAAGUCCUCAUGGGUCGUCUGUUUGACGACGACGAAGGCGAUGCGGGUAUCGAGUGGAGUUCUACAGACGAGAUCGUCGGGUGGAAACGAGAAGACCUCUUGAAGGAAGUCGUAAUGGUCCUAGGUAAGCAUCGUGAUUUGCAGAGGAUUACGGUGCCGUACGCCAGGUACUUGGGUGUACUGGAUAAGCUUGGGGAUGGGAAGGGCGUCAAUGGGGACACGGCGAUGAUCACGGAUGGGUAA